AUGCUUCUUUCAACUCUCUUACACCCCCCCCCCCUUCCCUCUCUCACUGAUUCACUCACGCCCCCCUCUCUCCUUCCCUUCAUCUCCUUCCCUUCAUCUCCUUCCCUUCAUCUCCUUCCCUUCAUCUCCUCCCUUCAUCUCCUUCCCUUCAUCUCCUCCCUUCAUCUCCUUCCCUUCAUCUCCUUCCCUUCAUCUCCUUCCCUUCAUCUCCUUCCCUUCAUCUCCUUCCCUUCAUCUCCUUCCCUUCAUCUCCUUCCCUUCAUCUCCUUCCCUUCAUCUCCUCCCCUUCAUCUCCUUCCCUUCAUCUCCUUCCCUUCAUCUCCUUCCCUUCAUCUCCUUCCCUUCAUCUCCUCCCUUCAUCUCCUCCCUUCAUCUCCUUCCCUUCAUCUCCUUCCCUUCAUCUCCUUCCCUUCAUCUCCUUCCCUUCAUCUCCUUCCCUUCAUCUCCUUCCCUUCAUCUCCUUCCCUUCAUCUCCUUCCCUUCAUCUCCUUCCCUUCAUCUCCUUCCCUUCAUCUCCUUCCCUUCAUCUCCUUCCCUUCAUCUCCUUCCCUUCAUCUCCUCCCUUCAUCUCCUCCCUUCAUCUCCUUCCCUUCAUCUCCUUCCCUUCAUCUCCUUCCCUUCAUCUCCUUCCCUUCAUCUCCUUCCCUUCAUCUCCUCCCUUCAUCUCCUCCCUUCAUCUCCUUCCCUUCAUCUCCUUCCCUUCAUCUCCUUCCCUUCAUCUCCUUCCCUUCAUCUCCUUCCCUUCAUCUCCUUCCCUUCAUCUCCUUCCCUUCAUCUCCUUCCCUUCAUCUCCUUCCCUUCAUCUCCUUCCCUUCAUCUCCUUCCCUUCAUCUCCUUCCCUUCAUCUCCUUCCCUUCAUCUCCUCCCUUCAUCUCCUCCCUUCCCUUCAUCUCCCUCCCUUCAUCUCCCUCCCUUCAUCUCCCUCCCUUCAUCUCCUUCCCUUCAUCUCCUUCCCUUCAUCUCCUUCCCUUCAUCUCCUUCCCUUCAUCUCCUUCCCUUCAUCUCCUUCCCUUCAUCUCCUUCCCUUCAUCUCCUUCCCUUCAUCUCCUCCCCUUCAUCUCCUUCCCUUCAUCUCCUUCCCUUCAUCUCCUUCCCUUCAUCUCCUUCCCUUCAUCUCCUCCCUUCAUCUCCUCCCUUCAUCUCCUUCCCUUCAUCUCCUUCCCUUCAUCUCCUUCCCUUCAUCUCCUUCCCUUCAUCUCCUUCCCUUCAUCUCCUUCCCUUCAUCUCCUUCCCUUCAUCUCCUUCCCUUCAUCUCCUUCCCUUCAUCUCCUUCCCUUCAUCUCCUUCCCUUCAUCCUCCCUUCAUCUCCUUCCCUUCAUCUCCUUCCCUUCAUCUCCUUCCCUCAUCUCCUUCCCUUCAUCUCCUUCCCUUCAUCUCCUUCCCUUCAUCUCCUUCCCUUCAUCUCCUCCCUUCAUCUCCUUCCCUUCAUCUCCUUCCCUUCAUCUCCUUCCUUCAUCUCCUUCCCUUCAUCUCCUUCCCUUCAUCUCCUCCCUUCAUCUCCUUCCCUUCAUCUCCUUCCCUUCAUCUCCUCCCCUUCAUCUCCUCCCCUUCAUCUCCUCCCCUUCAUCUCCUCCCUUCAUCUCCUCCCUUCAUCUCCCUCCCUUCAUCUCCUCCCUUCAUCUCCUUCCCUUCAUCUCCUCCCCUUCAUCUCCUUCCCUUCAUCUCCUCCCCUUCAUCUCCUCCCUUCAUCUCCUCCCUUCAUCUCCUCCCUUCAUCUCCUCCCUUCAUCUCCUCCCUUCAUCUCCUCCCCUUCAUCUCCUCCCCUUCAUCUCCUCCCCUUCAUCUCCUUCCCUUCAUCUCCUUCCCUUCAUCUCCUUCCCUUCAUCUCCUUCCCUUCAUCUCCUUCCCUUCAUCUCCUUCCCUUCAUCUCCUUCCCUUCAUCUCCUUCCCUUCAUCUCCUUCCCUUCAUCUCCUUCCCUUCAUCUCCUUCCCUUCAUCUCCUUCCCUUCAUCUCCUUCCCUUCAUCUCCUUCCCUUCAUCUCCUUCCCUUCAUCUCCUCCCCUUCAUCUCCUCCCCUUCAUCUCCUCCCUUCAUCUCCUCCCUUCAUCUCCCCCCUUCAUCUCCUCCCCUUCAUCUCCUCCCCUUCAUCUCCUCCCUUCAUCUCCUUCCCUUCAUCUCCUUCCCUUCAUCUCCUCCCUUCAUCUCCUUCCCUUCAUCUCCUUCCCUUCAUCUCCUUCCCUUCAUCUCUUCCCUUCAUCUCCUUCCCUUCAUCUCCUCCCUUCAUCUCCUCCCUUCAUCUCCUUCCCUUCAUCUCCUUCCCUUCAUCUCCCUCCCUUCAUCUCCUUCCCUUCAUCUCCUUCCCUUCAUCUCCUCCCUUCAUCUCCUCCCUUCAUCUCCUUCCCUUCAUCUCCUUCCUUCAUCUCCUUCCUUCAUCUCCUUCCUUCAUCUCCUUCCCUUCAUCUCCUUCCCUUCAUCUCCUUCCCUUCAUCUCCUUCCCUUCAUGCGCACUCAUGCUAUGUCACCCAGCCAUCCACCAACCCUCCCUCCCUCAACUUUGUUUCUCUAUUUUCCUUUCAAACCUCUCCCUCUCCAUCCGUUCCUACUUUCUCGGGCAACAGAAGCUCUGCCACUACCUUCUCUUCUCUCGUCCCUACAUCUCCCUCUGAUCUCCUCGCUUUCCCUCUCCCUCCGCCCUCCAGCCAUCCGCAGGGCGGCAGACCCAACCCUCUUGAACCUCUGCCUCGACUCUCCCUCCUCUUCUCUCCGUUUCCCUCUAAUCUCCCUCUCUCCCCUCCCUCUCUCCCCUCCCUCUCCCUCUCUCCCCUCCCCCUCCUCUCUCCCCUCUCUCUCCCUCUCCCUCUCUCCCUCUCUCCCCUCCCUCUCCUCUCUCCCCUCCCUCUCUCCCCUCCCUCUCCCUCUCUCCCCUCCCUCUCCCUCUCUCCCCUCCCUCUCCCUCUCUCCCCUCCCUCUCCCCUCUCUCCCCUCCCUCUCCCUCUCCUCCCCUCCCCUCCCCUCUCCUCCCCCUCCCUCUCUCCCCUCCCUCUCUCCCCUCCCUCUCUCCCCUCCCUCCUCCCAGCCAUCCACAAGGCAGCAGGCCCAGCCCUCCACAAGCUCUGGUUUGACCUGCCAGUGCUGAGGAAUGGCAAUCGCUGCGAGACAGGAGAUGCUGCUGACCACCGGCAAAUUCUCUGCAAUGCAGGGCUUGCUGUUGACCACAGGCAAAUUCUCUGCAAUGCAGGGCUUGCUGUUGACCACAGGAGUCCUAUCUUCUGCAGCAAAUUCUCUGCAAUGCAGGGUUUGCUGUUUACCGUCGGGAUGAUGUUAUGUGAAGAGUCUUGUUUUCUGCAGCAAUUUCUCUGCCAUUUCUCACGUUUUCUAGCCGCAAUUGAGCCUUGA